GAGUCUUUCGUAACCUAUGAAAGCAGAAGACCAAGUCGAGGAAAAUAUCGGUGUUCGUGUUGCGAACGGCUCGCCAACCGAAAAACUCAGAGAAUUAACAUGGACGACGAUAACGAUCAGGACAACCCGACCGAGGAUGACUACUACACGUUCCUGAACAUCCCCAAAAACGCAACUGCAGAUGAAAUCAGCAAUGCAUACCGCAGACAGAGCAGACUGUACCACCCCGACAAGCACACGGAUCCUCUACUUAAGAAGGAAGCAGAAAUUUUAUUCAAUCGUACCAAGAAAGCGUACGAAGUCCUAAGGGAUCCCCAUAAGAGAGCUAUCUACGACUCCGUGGGAAUCCGAGGUCUGGAAAUAGAAGGAUGGGAGAUCGUGCAACGUACCAAAACACCUCAAGAGAUCAGAGAGGAGUACGAGCGGCUCGCGCGAGAGAUCGAGGAGAGCAGGCUGCAGCUGCACACGAACCCUAAAGGCAGCAUUACGGUCAAUGUCAAUGCCACGGAUCUCUUUAACAGAUACGACAACGACUACGACGACAGCAGGGAUCUACUGUCGUGCAUCGAAGUCAGCGGAAUGUCGUUCACGCAGUCCAUAGAAGCGCCUCUUACGUUAAGAGACACGGUAACCAUGUAUGGGGAACUAGGUACGCAGAACGGGACGGGUUCUGGUUCUAUAAACGUCUCCGCGAGACGGUUGGUCUCGUCGAAAGGCUGGAUGGAACUCGACGUGGGCGCUGGCAAUGGACCUACGGUGUCCGUGAAAGGCUUUCGUACGUUAACGAGGAGAUUGUUCUGCGACGGGGCGAUGAUACUCCAAUUCACGUCGCGAGAAAUAAGGCCUGGCAUCAUAGGAACGCUUGCGAUGCAGCUGGACAAAAAUACAGUGGGCUACCUGACGUACAGGGCAGGAAUACAGAGCGCCAUGACUACAAUGAUCGUCAGGGACACGUCCAGAUCUUACACGGCGUUUUCGAUACACUUGGGUAUCCUGCAGUCUUUCGUCAGUCUUAAUUAUACUUAUAAAAUGGAGGAGAAGCAGAUGAAGCUUCGCGGGAGUAUAAAGGCUGGCACGUUCGGAGCACUAGUCGAAUACGGAGCAGAGAAGAAAGUAUCGCGACACAGCAGCCUCGCCGCCGCGGUGCGCGUCGGAUUGCCAACGGGUGUCACGCUUAGACUGAAAUUGAAUCGUGCCUCGCAAACAUACACGUUCUCCAUUCAUUUGAGCGACGAGAUCCUCCCGGCUCCCGUGUUCUACGCCACUGUUAUACCGUUGAUCACCUGGACCAUCGUGAAGAAAGUGGUGAUCGACCCGGUGGUGAGGGAACGAGAGGAACGGAAGAAGGAGAAGCAGAAGGAGAUGAACAAAACGAGGACCAUGGAGAAGCAGAAGGAAGCGAAGAUCGCUACCGAAUUAAUGAAAGCAACCGUUAGUAGAAUAAGAGCCGAGGAGGAGGCUAAGAAGGGAUUAAUCAUCACCAAAGCCUUGUAUGGACGAUUUGUGUACCCUCAAGAGGAGCGAUCCGGUUCCGAGGAACAUUUACACAGGGACGAAGUGAUAGACGUAACCAUUCCUUUGCAAUGUUUAGUGAAGGACUCGAGGCUGGUUCUACACGAUGCGUCCAAGAGCCAAUUGCCAGGAUUUUACGAUCCAUGCGUCGAGGAGGAGAAGCAAUUGUUAGUGCAAUAUCUGUUUCGUACUCAGACGCACGAAUGUAUUAUAAAGGACAACGCACCCCUCAGAAUACCAUUAUCAUCACACUUAGUAAACACGACAUGACGUAUGCGACAUCGUAAGAAAAUAAAAUGAAAUCGUCGCGGUACCGCGACGAUGGCUUCUACUGCUUCGAGGUUUUUUAAAUCAUUCUUAGAUUAAACUUAUGCAAAUAUCAUGUUGAAAAAAUUGAGUGUUCAUCAAUAAUUUAUACUUUGUACGAUAAUUUCAUUUUUCCCAAAAUAAUCGUUCGCGCGACAUUGUCGCGACCGUAGGAUCCGAGCGAAGAUAGAGAAUUGAUUCACCUAAACGGCGUGCUCGGAAAUUAAUCAUGCUACAAUUAAUUAGAAUCGUUUGAAAUAUAGAAAAGGAACUAGUUGUACGAAAGUAAUAUCCGAACGUUUUCUAGAAUACAUUCAAGUAUAUAGAUCGUAAUUGUUGAAGUUGCGUUCUCUGCGCAAACAUCGUUACGCUACUUCAAAAAAUUUCAAAUUACUGCCCGUAAGUGUAGUCGACGCGACGAUUGCGUCGAAAACUGUUAAAUAACGAUCGAAUCGUUAAAUGAAGUUGGAAAAAUGCACUUGUUAGUUCGUACGAUACGUCGAUAGAGAUAUUUUGCAUACUAUUCAAUAUAUCGAAAGGGCACACCGGUCCCCAGAAAUUCCCACGGAAUAACGACACGCCUGUCGGACUACAAAUGUUCCGUGUUAUAGUUCGUUAGCGUAUGAAAUAUUUCUUCCACCAAGAAUAAAGUUUAUAUAAUUGUAUAAAUUAUAUAAAUUUCGAAAGAAAAAAAAAAAAAAUAACAAUCAUGUGUUCGUUUAUCUGAUAUAAUGCUGUACAGCUCAAUAUACCAAGCAAUCUAACUUUACAUACCAAUUGCUUGGUAAGUUAUGCGAAAUGGAAUCGUAUUUAAGACUUUCACUGUUAUUCUUGUCUUACGAUAGCUCAAGGAAACAUAAAUGUAGCUUACAUCUUAGUUUAAAAAAUAUAUUUGGAAUGGAUACAUUUAUUUAUCGCAAA